AAUAUAUGCCCUCCAAUUUGGUUGACGGAGUAGGAACAAAUGCAUUUGAAAUUAAGAAAAGAAAAGAAAAAAGAUAAACGAAAAGCAGCUCCUGCUUUGAUAACCACAUGUAAGCUAACAAGUGGUAGAUACUUGUGUGUAUAUAUACAGAAAUGGACAGAUCCGAUGCUCCCGGGCAUUCGAGCCUCACCUGUGCCUCAGCAGGGAAAGAAGAAAGAAACUACUUUGGCCGUAAAAUUUGAGGAUUAGUAGAAUGGCAUUAGGCUAACAAGACAGUAGCAGAUAAUUUUGUUUUUGGGUUGUUAAAAUGGGGGGUUACAUUUAGAGAUGAAAAUGGGAGGGUUAAAAAUGUUGGGGUGAAUGGCCAUGACCCACCAAAUGUGAUAUACGCCAUUUGGGAAUGGGUCUAUUCGAUUUCAUCGUGGCAAAAUAAGGAUUGUUACUUACAUUGGUGGUUCUAAGUAUUUCAGGCAGAAAUUUGUGAUUUGAGAGGUGUUUUCGCGAGGAUUCUGAUAUAAACCCGGGUAAGAAUUUUGAAAUUUUCUGCCUUCGUAGCUGAUCUAUGCUUGCUGCUGGAUAUUCUGACCUCGUAUUUGAAUUGGUUUGUUGCCAUUUUUGUUGGGUUUUAUUUGUUUGAACUGGGUAUCUAUACAACCGAGUUUGGUACUUUUCAUUUAUGUCAAAUCCAACUGGGUCCUGGCCAUAUUUGUCAAAAUCCAUCUUUAAAAAAAAUUAAUCACUUUUUUGGCUUCUGGGUACUUUGGAUUGAAUGAAAUUCUGCUGCCUGGGGCAACUUUAGGAUCAAGUGUUUGUUACAACAUUUAGGUCAGGAAUCUACUUUUGGCUGAUCCCCAUAGCUUCUAAUCAAUCAAUCUUAUGCGGCAUGCUGAGAAGCGCCUUUUGAUCUGUAAACAGAAUAGGGAAGGCCUUUGUGAGGAGGUCUUAUAUUCUAGUCCUUGAGUUGACCUUUGGAAAAUUUCUGCUCGGGUUUUUUCAGUGCUGGUAGUUUCUUCUUAAUCAGGCUCGUAAAAGUGUUUAGAUUUGGCAGUGAUUGUAUUGGGGUUCGUUUAAAGGCAGAUUCUAAUUCAUCAUAGAUUGAAUUAGAUUUGCAAAGAGAAUUAUAAGGACGAACAAAAAUGGAAGGCGAGAUGAUGUCAAUGGAGGAGGAUAUAGAUAAAGGUGAGACUGUGAAAGAAGCCUUGCAGGGCACCCUCUGGCACCAUACUGGGAAUUGUCUGGUGGAAACUGAGAGUUCUGCAACGCCAAAUCCAGUUUGCUCUGGAAUGGACAGUGACAAUCAGCUUGGUCAUAGAAACAAUGCUGGCACCGGCAUCGGUGAGAGAGGGGAAUCCAGCUGUGGUUAUUCAUCUGGAGGAGAGAUCGGUGUUUCACCAAAAAUCAGAGGAUCUACAAAUGGUUCUAAUCAUAGAAACAUAGUCCACUUCAGGACGGAUCAUGAUUCAGAGCUGGGUAGACAGGAUAAGGUUGGAGAGGAUUCAAAGCGGAGCAGGCAGGAUAAAGCCGAGUUAGGCCGAUCUUUCCAGAGUGCCGUAAGUUCACAUGAUUGGGCUCUUGCAGAAAGUCUAAUUCCUUUAGCAGACACCCAGAGGUUGAAUGAUGCCUUGUGUAUCGCUCUGGAUUCCAUCUGGUUUUUAAGCACCCAGCAGGAGCUUGCAGGUGUUACAAAGUUGAUCGAGAAACUUAUCAGACGUGGGGCUCAUGACUUUACUCGUGCAGCUCUUAGAACAUCAUUCCUUGCUUCCUGUGUUUCAGCUUGCCGGAGUCGUACGAUGAGCUUGGCAGACACAGUCACCCUCAUGGCCCAAAGGUUGCGAGAGCGCCUUCAGGAGUGCAAUGGUGAUGAGGUACUGAAGGCUGAGGCUGCUGCAAAGGUACAAAGAUUUACUGAAUGGGCUCUUAAGUGCAUUGGUUCCCAUUCUCGUGGUCAAGGAAGUGCUGACAGAGUAACACACAGUUCAGCCAUUGAGAUCCAACUACAGCUAUCAGCUUUUAAAACAUUUUUGGAUCUUGCGGGGGACCGGUUGACAGGAAAAGACUUCACGGAGGCCUUUGAUGCAGCUUGCUUUCCCCUCACUCUCUUUUCUAGUGCAAUUGAUCCAGGUUGGGCGUCUGGAAUUGCAGCAAGUGCAAUGCAAGGAUUGUUAGGAAUGCUUGUAGAAGGAGGAGCUGAUAAUGUCAAUCAGUGCUUCCUUGAAGCUGCAAGGUUUGGAAGCACUGAACUUGUGCGGAUUCUUCUACAUAUUGCCCAACGAAACAGUUUGGAUGUGGAUGUGGAUCUUGCACUGGGAUUUGCUUCUCACUACAGAAAAAUCAGCACAAUGGAAUGCCUUGUGGAGGAGGGGAAUGCAGUUGCAUUUUUAGGGCCACUCAUGCGAGCUGCAGAGAGGGGAGACAUGCCAGUUGUGAAAUGGUUUGUAGAGAGAGGUUGCAGAGACAUGGAGCUCUGUCUUGCGCUCACAGCAGCAGCGUCAAGUAGCAAAGUGGAAAUAGCCACUUAUCUAUUGCCACAUGUGCCUCAGAAUGUCCUCUCAACAUUGAGUGUAGAAAUUAUAAAGGCUGCUGGGGAGCGCAGUGGUGGUUCCUUGAAGGGUGUAGCUUUCCUUUUGCAAGCAGAUUUCCUCAAUAAUCCUGAAGCUACAUACCAGGCUGCAAACAACAUUGCAAAAUCAGAGGAUGAAGCAGUAACAUCAGAACUACGGACUUUCUUACUAGAAAACUGGUCCGAGGAAGCAUUCUUGCGUGGUCGGUUGUUUGGACAGGAUCACUACUUAAAUGUGAUGAGAGUUAUCAUGCGAGGCUUGCCUCCUCUUUAUAUACAGGAUCUCCCUAAUCAGCUGCAGGUGGCUAUAGCAUACUUACCAUUGUACAAAGAAUGUUUUGAUGCUGGAGGAGUGCUUCUGUCACAGUGGUUGAGGGGUCAGCUAGUAGAAGCAGCAUGGAGGCUUAGUAGAGGUGUUUUCAACACACAGGAAGAACUUUUAGGCCGCAGCAAGGAUGAUCUACUUGCCAUUUUAGAGUCCAACUUACCGGCAUUUUUGCUAUGCAAUUUCUGUUGAUAAAGUUUGUGCUUACUCUUGCUUGUGAAUAUUUACUGCCAAAGGUAUUCUACUAUGGGUAUAGGAUCAUUCAUGGCAGAGCAUCUCCCUGGGACAUCUUAGGUAAUGUUACUCUGGGAGUCACAUUUCAUGAAUUUAGCAUGAUAGCUGCUCCCAUACACAACAUUUGUGCACUUCUUCAAUGCCAGGUUUUUGGGCGAUUCUCUUAUCCCAAGUCAUGUAUAAUUUAUGAUACUAGAUUGCAUGAGAAACAAGUUUUUGGGGGAUAUGUACGGAUGACUAGAAAAUGUCCACUGUCUUCUAAUCUUGUGGAGGUUCUUUUCUAGGUCAUGAUAGGUAUCUUGUCUGUAGUUUUAAAUUGAACUGAUGGUUCUAUCCAGAUUUUGUGAAAUACUUUCUAAACAGGGGCUGAGGAUAUGUAUUGAAAAAUGUGAAGACCAACCUUCUCCCAGUUGUUAUUCAAGGCAUGGCAUAGGAAGUCUUUAUAGAUAAUUGAAGAAGGCUUGCUGUUAGAGUGCAAAUGCACAAGGAUGGGCUUGAUGUUGUUAAAACAGGGAUUUGGGAUCCUUCCAAAUUUUCUGAGUAGAUACUGUUGCUAUAACUGGCGAGCUUAUUAAUCGUACAAAUUUAAACCA